CGCAGCUGGCCGCGCACACUUCCCCCAUUAUUAAACACUAUGUUCAAAAGGCGCCGGGGGACUUCCCGGAGCCACGGAGCCCGCGCCGCCCGCCCGCCCGGCCCACGGAGCCCAUGGACCUGAGCGCCGCCGCCGCGCUGUGCCUUUGGCUGCUGAGCGCCUGCCGCCCCCGCGACGGGCUGGAAGCGGCCGCCGUGCUGCGAGCGGCGGGGGCUGGGCCGGUCCGGAGCCCAGGGGGCGGCGGCGGCGGCGGGCGGACUCUUGCCCAGGCUGCGGGCGCCGCGGCUGUCCCGGCCGCCGCGGUUCCCCGGGCCCGCGCCGCGCGCCGCGCCGCGGGCUCCGGCUUCAGGAACGGCUCGGUGGUGCCGCACCACUUCAUGAUGUCGCUUUACCGGAGCCUGGCCGGGAGGGCUCCGGCCGGGGCAGCCGCUGUCUCCGCCUCGGGCCAUGGUCGCGCGGACACGAUCACCGGCUUCACAGACCAGGCGACCCAAGACGAAUCGGCAGCCGAAACAGGCCAGAGCUUCCUGUUCGACGUGUCCAGCCUUAACGACGCAGACGAGGUGGUGGGUGCCGAGCUGCGCGUGCUGCGCCGGGGAUCUCCAGAGUCGGGCCCAGGCAGCUGGACUUCUCCGCCGUUGCUGCAGCUGUCCACGUGCCCGGGCGCCGCCCGAGCGCCACGCCUGCUGUACUCGCGGGCAGCUGAGCCCCUAGUCGGUCAGCGCUGGGAGGCGUUCGACGUGGCGGACGCCAUGAGGCGCCACCAUCGUGAACCGCGCCCCCCCCGCGCGUUCUGCCUCUUGCUGCGCGCAGUGGCAGGCCCGGUGCCGAGCCCGUUGGCACUGCGGCGGCUGGGCUUCGGCUGGCCGGGCGGAGGGGGCUCUGCGGCAGAGGAGCGCGCGCUGCUAGUCGUCUCCUCCCGCACGCAGAGGAAAGAGAGCUUAUUCCGAGAGAUCCGCGCCCAGGCCCGCGCACUCGGGGCCGCUCUGGCCUCAGAGCCGCUGCCCGACCCAGGAACCCGCACCGCGUCGCCAAGGGCAGUCAUUGGCGGCCGCAGACGGAGGAGGACGGCGUUGGCCGGGACGCGGACGGCGCAGGGCAGCGGCGGGGGCGCGGGCCGGGGCCACGGGCGCAGGGGCCGGAGCCGCUGCAGCCGCAAGCCGUUGCACGUGGACUUCAAGGAGCUCGGCUGGGACGACUGGAUCAUCGCGCCGCUGGACUACGAGGCGUACCACUGCGAGGGCCUUUGCGACUUCCCUUUGCGUUCGCACCUCGAGCCCACCAACCAUGCCAUCAUUCAGACGCUGCUCAACUCCAUGGCACCAGACGCGGCGCCGGCCUCCUGCUGUGUGCCAGCGCGCCUCAGCCCCAUCAGCAUCCUCUACAUCGACGCCGCCAACAACGUUGUCUACAAGCAAUACGAGGACAUGGUGGUGGAGGCCUGCGGCUGCAGGUAGCGCGCGGGCCGGGGAGGGGGCAGCCACGCGGCCGAGGAUCCCCAGCUGAUGAGCAGCAGCGGGCCACCCUGUCACCGAGCGUGGGUGCAUGUCCGAUGUGACCCAGCGCCCUCUCAGAGGAGGGAGAGCACACGUUCACACUCACACACACUCGUGCAGUCACGCACACAUUUACCGGGGACAGCAUGUGAAAGCCUUGGGAAGAGAUGACCUGCCGGUACCGAAUGUCAAAGCCCUGUGUAUUUUGCAAACAGAUAACCAUGGCGCCCACUGCCCCCAUUUAGGGAGAGGAAGGUGUUUGUGCUGAUGUUGCAGUUAGAGGCACGAAAAUCAGGUAGCAACAACGGGUUAGGAAAUUGGAAGCUCCAGAAUGGGAGAACCAAAGGGGUACUCGAGCAUGCUUUAUCUCACCCCCUUUUGUUUCUGGCCCGAUGUGGUGCAUCGCUUCCCUGGGGGGCUGAGCGCCGCGUGGUGCACUCCGUGACCCACUGCAAGGCUGUAAUGCCCUUCCCGAGGGUUUGUGUUGCAUGGGGCCGUUUACCCUGGAACUGCUGCAAAAAGCAUCUUUCUAACUUUUAAAAUUUAACGUGCCCCUGCUUCAUUUUUGAAAGGGAAGUUUUGUCUGAAAGUAGGUGUUGUGGAGCUUCCCAGAUUUCUGCAAAGGUCGGUACCGCCCCCCCCCCCCCCCCCGCCUUUUUUUUUUUUAAUCAAUUCCAAUAGGAAAUGUUAUGGAAAGUGGAAAGGAUAUUUUUCUUUUAAACGGCUGAGUCUGAUCUAACAGGAUAUUGGGGUGGGAUAGGAUCUGCCAGGUUCGGAAGCUCCCCAGUUGGUCAGGGGAAGUGGGAGCCAUGCCUCGGGUGGCUCAGGAGGAAGUUAGUGCAAUGGCCCGGAAUGGGGAAGGUGGGGCUGGGGGAGGGGAGCUACUGCUUUUCCUAGAGACCUGCCAGGAGGUUUUCCUAAGAAGCCAGGGAAGAGGCUCUCAGGGCUUGAAAGGCAAGGAGGUGUCCUGGGGCCCACUCCAGCCGAGGACUCCGGCUUGCCGGCCAGGUAGGCGGAAGCUCCCGGGGCCGACUCGGGCUUGUGCUAGUUAUCAAGUAAGUCGACCUCCGCUUUUUACCUGCUUUCGCUGUGUUGUUGCUGUAGUUGUUGGCAGUGUGAUAGUAACGGGAAGUGAAGCCACUCAAAAAUGCUUUUGUCAGACUUCAACUCACAACCCAGACCUUUAGAGCAGGGGGAAGUUCUGCCCCUUCCCCUCAUCGGCUCCCUGGCUUGGCUGCUGUGCCCUUGGAAGGGCAGGGCCUUGGUGUGGGGGAGCAGAGAUGGCAUAUCCCCCAGUUCCCAUAUUUUGCCCCAAAGGGUCUUAUUGAUGGGAGGAUUUUCUAGGCAUGUAAAAGUGAGUUCGAACAUUCAGACUUCACUGUUUGAUUUGAUUUGUUUAUGCCUGGGAAUCCUUUGCGGCUUUUUGUCAAUAGGCUGGGAGAGGGAAACUAGUUGGACUCCAGCUGUCCGGGGUGAGGGCUUCUUAGAACAGCCCCGCAGCCCUCUCGGUGCAUCUGUGUGAUGUUGUGCAGGACUUUCCCCUUCAGAGUCCUGGGGAGCAUUAAUUCCACCCUGUGUUGGAUGCAGGACAAUUCAUACACAUUUUGAUUCUCAGUGAUUACACUCUUGAGAGAGAGAAGACAGACUUACGAUUUAGAUACAGCUAAUUUACUUAGGGGCCCUACCUGAAUUGGUUUUCAUCCUGUAAAAUUCUCCCAAAAGAAAAAAAAAUACACGUGUAAAUUACUCUUAAAAUUAAGAUUCCCCCCCUCCUCCUAUUAUGUGAAUUUAUAUUCUGUGGCUGUAUGAGUAGCUAUAAAUAACCAGAACAUGAACAGUCUCUUCAGGUUAAAAAUUUUAAAAAUAUCCAAAAGUGGCUGCUCUGGUACAAUUCCAUCUUAUUUUAGUGACUGGGCAAAGAUGGUCCCUAAAUUUGUGGAUUUUGCCAGAGAUGCCUCACUCUCGUUUUUAAAAUGAAGCUUGUCAUAAUGAAGAAUUAUAUAUUAAAAAAAGCACUAAAGUGUUGGAAGUUGUAGUAUUAGAAGGUUUAGAAAGGAAGUUAAUGACAAAGUGCAGUUAAAUGUUAUUUUGAAGAAGGUCUGGGUUAUUUAAUAUCUUUGGAUAAAAGCAAACAUUUUGAUACUUUUUUAGUGACUAGUAAAAACAAUUUUUUGGGCAGAAAUGUCUUGAUUUAGCCUGGCCUUUUUAUAGUAGGGAAAAAAACUGUCAAUUUCCCCUCUUUCCUUCUGAUGACCUCCUUCUAAGGAGAUGUGUUGUGAGUGGUGUGGGAAGUAGGUACCUUCCUGCAUCUUGAGUUCAGGUGGCACCCGGCGGGAGGGGUGUUGUCCUUGGACAGUGACUGUUCCUUCCAUGGCCCCAUACCCUCAGUGUGCUCUUUGUUUACUGGAUAAAAGGAAUGCUUCCCAGAUUUCCUCUGGAGCAGGUGAAGCCCCCAGGGGCCACUCUGCCCAGCCCUCUGGCAUCUCAGUCCAUUCACUAGGUGAAUGCAGAGAAUCCAUUUCACUUGUAAAAAUGACAACAAAGGGCCAACACACGUAGGGCAGACAGCUUUUUGCUGCUAAGAUGUGGUUUAACUAGCAUUGCCAAGAUGUGGAGAAAAGCGUUCUGCCAGCACAGUUGGUAGUAGCACCCUGAGCUCUCUGUCUUCUAGGUAGCGGGGGACAGGCCUGGGUGACUGGCAUGAACCCAGCUUCUCUGUUGCAACCCCCAGCUGGAAUCUCCAGUCACCAUGGAUGGGAGAACUGACAGGCAGGGAGAAAGCAUGUCAAGACUGUGAGGAAAGGCUGUCCCCUCAACCCCAACCUGAGGUCACCAAAGUCUCCCUCCUAAAGUAAACAGAAUUUUCCAUUUUGUAGGGAGAAUUGUGCACUACUAGUUGACAUCACUUGAACCAGGAUUUCCUGCUAGUGAGUAGGAUUUGGCAUCCCUAGUUAGGGAGCUCGGGACAGGCCAGCUGGGGCCCAAGGGGGGCUGGUGCUGGGUCUGUCAAACACAAAGAUAGCCUGGUCACUGCUGCUUGAAACCAGGGCUUUCGUAUUAAGGAGGAUCACCCACACUGGCAGGCGGGCAUUUCCACUGAUUCCCAAACACACUUGCCUUGUUGAAUUCUGACUUUCCAAACAGCUGCACUGGGUCUUCCAGAGAAGGUGGCAGGCUUUGCUGUGUUAGCUUGGGGAAGCCAGGCUUGAGCUGUGCUCAGUCAUUGUAUCCAUGCUCCCCUUCACCAUACCCUCCUGGCAACGAUAUGAGGUAUGGAUUGUGUGAUAGAAGAAUCCAGACUCCACGAAGCCCAGGACAGUCACUUCUCCCUGGCAGCUCUCAUGGUGUCGGCAGGAGUGGGCGCCUCACCUUGGGUACUGAAGAGAGUACCGAUAAUCCCGUGGAUGGAAAAGGAGGGAGUGUAAUUCAAUCCCUACACAUUGUAUAUGCUGUUGGCAAUUUCAUUUAAACUCACAGCAGAAAACAACUAGGAUUUGUAGACUGAUUUUCUUCUUAGAGCAGGGAGAAAAAUUACGUUCUUUCCAAGAGCAGCUUGUGCACAGAUAAGGUCAGACUUUUCCUGUGCUUGAAUCUGGUCUCCAGGAAAUCCAGUGGCAGGAAGAGAGUGUCCUGAGGCUGCCUCUGGGUGCACAGAAUCACUGGGCCUCGCUGAUUCUCAUGAGAACCUGUCAUCUCAGUGAGACAGGCCUCCCACUGGCCCUCAGUGGGCCAUAGGCCAAGAGGUCUGAGUCAGAUCGCGCAGUGAGCUGGAGGGAGCGAGGCUCUGAAAGCAGCAGUCUAGCAGAGGGAGUUUGGGCCUGCGCUUACCCCUCAGAAAGUGUCUGGAUUGGGAAGGGAAGAGAGGAAGCUGCCGAGCGAACCCAGCAGCCAAACUUUGGGCGAGUGGAAAGUAACUAGAUCCCUCUGGUGGAUGGUAUAUUUGAGCUGCACCAGAGUCAGAGCCCACUGUGGGCUUCCGAGUGCCCAGAGGCAGCUGCUCCCACAGUAUGGACUGCGCCCGCCAGGGGAGGCCGCUCAGGGGCCAGGGCACCACAGGGCGUCUCCUGAGAGACGUCUGAGGCAAGUUAUGGGCAGUCACCUCCCUGCUGGAGCUUCAUCUUCUGCCCUGUAAAAUGAUGCCCUUUCCAGUUCCAAGGUUCUAGGAUUUUACCUUGCCCCAAAACCCACUCAGAUAGCUUGAAGGCAGAGCAAAUGUGAUGGCUCCUGGAGAAGGUCCUCUCCCAAUCCCAGUCCCAGAGCCUCAUCUUACCGGUUUCGCAGCUCUUGCCUGUGCGUGUGCAUGUGUGUGCGUGUGUCCAUUUUACUGCUAUCCUUAAUAGGUGCCUCAUGGAUAUGCUUUGAAUUCCCCUGGGCUGAGGUAGGUGUGGGGAGGGCCCGCACCUUGAGGGUGGGGUUCAGCUCCCCAGAGCCAGGAGCUGGCUGAGGGCACUGCCCAUCCAGCUGCAGUUCCUCCUGUGCUCAGUGGGGUGGGCAGAGCCACACUCAAGCUGAGACUGUCUUGAGAGACCUAGUGCUGGGAAGGGCUCUACCUGCUGCUGGGGCCUCUGCAGGCAGAAGGGUAAAGGCAAGGCUGUGCCUGGUUGGUCACCCAAACAGGGGCCUGGGACUGUCCCAGAAGCCCUGGAUGAGGCAGGCAGGACUGUCCCAGAAUGGACUCCUUGGGUCCCCACCCCCUCCUCACCACCAUGCCCAUGUCUGGCUCUGAGGUCCCCUUGCAGCUUCCCAGGGGAGUGACCCUGGGGUAGCAUCAGAAGAGCUUGUCUCUCUCUUCCUUUUUAUGGUCUGGAGAAGUUAACAUAAAGAAGCACCAGAAGGGAGGACCCCAAAAGAUGUUUAUUUCUAAGUUUUCAGACAGCUUGGCAUCUUCUACCUGGAACCUCCUGACCAUGUAGGCUGCAGCACAGCUGUCUUCCUCCCUCUGUGCUGUUCUGGACUUUAAUCUGUGUGCACAGCUUAGUGCGUCACAAACAGUAACUGAGUGAGGCCGUUGUGAAAGAAGCCUGUUUUUUUCAGGAGGGCCACCGUCCUAGCCUGAGGAGACACCUGGUGGACACAGACUGCAGGGAGAGGGCUGAAAGUUGGCCUAGUGAAUCAGAGGGGUGACUGAGGGCCUAGAAGUUGCCACAUGAGCUCUGAUCAUCAUUCGGGGUGCUGUCUGCCCAUGACCUGCAGGUACCCACCUUAACCAGAGCUUGGCUUGUGGCCUGCAACUUGGCGACAGGCCUUUGGCUGGGCAAAGUUUGGGCUGGUGCUUCAUGGCGGCAGGACCAAUUACAGCAGAGCAACCCAGGAUGGGUGGUCAUUGAAAAAUGGGUGUGAAGUCACUGAAAAAUCAGACUGAGUUUCAAGUUAUGCUCACAGUUGCUGAAAAAGCAAAAAUAUGCCCUUAGAGCAGCAGAGCAGCAUGCGAUGGUCCACUUCCUCCUGCCUCUGCAGAGCUUGCAGGCCUCUUCUAGCAUCUGUGCAUGGUGCGCAUGUGUCUGUGACAACAGAAAGGGUUGGUUUCUCUCACACGUUUCCCUGACAGUGGCAAGGGGGCUGCAGCGGUCACAGAAACUUCCGGAGAGAGGUGUUUCCGUGCAGUCAGGUGAAUUUGUUGGCAGGACAGCUUGGUGUGAUGAUACAAGAAGUACAGUUUCACUCUUUUUUUGUCAGAUGAACUUCCUUCUGCUAGUUUAGAAAUGCUUCACUCCAGAGAGGGCCACCUGAUAGAAGCUGUAUUACAGAAACUUUUAAUCUCUUUUCUAUGUCAGUAAGGGGAUGCUGAAAUAAACUGUCUAGAAAAACAAGAAGCUUCUGUCACACCCAGGCCACUUUCGGCAGAGUGGUCCAGAGCGGCCAGUGCACGGCCAGCUGCUUUGCAUCUGCAUUCCCGUUUCAUUACCUUUUGUGUUGUGGGCCAGCAGGAGUGCUACGUAGUGGGGGCUGGAGAUUUGUCCCGGCAGGAGGUGGGCAAAUGGCUGUCUUCUCUGCAGAAUACCUGCACUGUUCCAUCUGACCAGCAGUGGCAACAGCCACAACCAGUUCUGCAUGUAGCUCCUGCCCAGACCUUUGGCUGCCAGAAUCUAGGACCAUGGCUGACCAAAGCGAGACUUCCGAGUGAGGUUCGUUCACAGGCAUCCUGCUGAAUUAGAAGGAAACAGGAACGAAUCCGAAGCAAACGGGGCUAAACUUCCCUCGAGGACAUUUCCUGAGCUGCAACAUGGGAAGGGACAGCACCGAAGCUGGUGAGCUGGUGCAACUGCACACACCUUUGCUCUGGUUUUUAGUACUCACAGGUCAUCCUGGGGAGACUGCUCAUGGGCUAUGGGCAGCCCAUGCCUGGAUUUUUUGGUGAAUGAGUCUGAAAAGCAGUGACCAGGUGUGUUGAGGGCCUCCCCUUGCCUGCACCUUUUUAUCUCUGAGUGACUGAGGCCUGCCAAGGCCAGACAAUGCACAUGUGUCCUGGAUCCUCCCCUGGCCUGGGGCAGCAGCAGCAGCAGCUGCAGCAGCUGGGCUUGGGGUGAGUAGGCUGGCUUGAGGAAGGGGCUGCCCACAAGCAGGGCUCAUUUCCUGGGUCAGGGCCUGUCAGACUCAAAGUCAGCUCUUCAGCAUUCUGUUUAGAAAAUGAUGAUGCAGUUCAGUGAGAAAGAAAGCUCAGGAUAAAAUAUGUUUUCUGGAGGGGAAAUACUCAAGUGUUCUAAGCCAGGAACAGAGACUCUCAAGAGAGGAAUUCUCUGGCAUUCUCUGCCUUGGAUAAAUCAUGGAUUAAACAUGAGCAUCCUUAGAAUAAUUUUAUUUUUGUAUUUCACUUUACACUGUAAUGCAAACAGCUUUUAUGUUUUCUUUGACGAAGAAUCAUAAUUGAGUCACUUUAGGUCUUUUAGCUGGAAGCAUUUCACCCUAAAUGAAAAGUUAAUGCAUUUUUUACAAGGAUUAACAUGCUAACUACAACUUGCCCUUUCAGCAGAUGACAAUAAGGGAUUCUGAAAAGUUUGGACUGUUUUUUUCUUUUUGUAUACAAAUAAAGCAGCAGAUCCUUUCUCUGUGAAGGUUGUUGCAGAGCUCCCGUACCAGCUUACAAAAUGCUGCUGUUUAAGCAGGACUUGGGUGGGCAGCAGAAUUCUGCACAUGACGAGUGGCUGCAGCUUAGAAAGCAAAUUUCACCUGAUUCCAGUACUGUGAUUUUAAGGAAACGGUAAAACUCAAAGUGCCAGUAAUGCCAUCAAGGCUCAGUAACACGCCAUUUCCUCAGCAGCUAAAGACAAAAAGAAUUAUUUUGGUGAGGGGAUAGAAAUCCUUGCGCUUUGCAGUGACACCCACUUUUUCUUAGCUUGGCUUGGGAGUAAGGAGAUUGGAGUGUGGGGGGACAUUAGAAACUCAUUUAAGGCAAACUGAAAUCUCCUUCAUCAGCAGUCUUCCUGCUGGUGUAGCCGCAGCAGAACUCCGAGGCUUGCAGGCUGGGCUGUCUCCUUGCUGCCUGGCCUGGGUGUUUAUUUGGGCAAUGCAAGCUGACAUUGUGAAGUGUUGCCGGUGCCCAGGCCAGCUAGCAGGGAGCCCUCCCAGGGCUGGUAGAAACCUAUGUGUAUAUGUAUUCUCAAAUUUAAAUAGAUUGUACAUAGUGAAAUGUAAAUGACAUGUAAAACAGCAAUCUCUAUUUUUCUUAACUAUUAUAUAGCAGUAUAUAUUUGUUGAACAUGCUUGUAUACUCUUCAUUAACCAUUUUAAUAUUUUGUACAGAUAAGUUGAUUAAAUAUUUUAUUCAUAAAA